AUCGACUACAUUCUGUUAGGCGACAAGAGCGAUCGUUAACGAUGGUGGUAUCCCUCGUGUUACAGCGGAAUCGGACAUCUGCACUUUCGCGACGAGGACGGAACAUUUUCACAUCACGAAUAAACCAUCGACGAGACUAUUUACGCCCGAUACGAGGCCGAAGGCUCUAAAGAAUCUGUACGAGCUCGCUGCUAUAGUUGCUGUUCGAAGUUUGGAUUCUUUAAGGAGGGAUGGCAGCUCGAUGGAUAUGUUCCUGUGCACGCCGGUCCUCGGGAAAAAGAGGCGGGACCAUAGCCUCGACAUCGAAUCAAGAAUUCCAGCCGCUAUCGAGGAUCUGCGAAGAUGGACGUCCGCGGAGGCUCUUGGCGACGUCACCGUACCGCCGGACUGCGCGUCCAGGAUCCUAGGCGACACGACCAGCGACGAUGCCGUCGAUCACAAGCUACCCAGCCCCGAGGAACAGGUUCAGGCUAUCGCGCUCAAAUUCCCGGCGGAAAUAGUAGCGGUGGAUGUAAGCGGACGAGGUUUCGAAAGAAUGUCGAUGAGAAGAAGAUCCCUGCUGUCAGGACCAGAAACUCAAGAAACAGUGGUGAAAAGGAGAUCGCGGCCACGUAGGCCAAGAGGAAAAAGACGAAACACGAUCGCCGGUACCGAUCAGAAGGAAAUUCGACAAGCUGUCGGAGGGGAGACGAUUGGCGAUGAGCCCGGGGAGACGAUGCCAAGCGAUAUGCCGAGGGCGCAUCGCUCGGCGAGCACCGACAUUCUGGGCUCCAUGAAGAAGGACUCCCCCACGGAAAAGAAGUCGCACUUCAAUACGUUGAAGGCGUGGGGCAUGUCGAGACUGAAACUGAUCAGUCCUAAAUCGAAUCAACAACAGCAGCAACAGCAACAACAACAACAGCAACAACAAGAUUCGACAACGAAUGCAGGGAGAAGCGAGCAGACUCAAAGUAGUCAGACAAGAUCGCCGGAGGAGAUCAACAUCUACGAGACGGUGACUACGAGGCGCAGGAGGGAUAAGUCGCACGAGAGGAAACCUAGCUCGUCCAGCUCGAGCGGCAAAAGCACGGCUAGUAUACCAGUAUCGGUACCGAGUACGGAUAAUAGACAGCCGAGCGUGAAAUUACGCGAGAGCGCCGCCCAGAGACGAGAACGACGGAAGGGCAGCAACCGCGACGACGCGCCGCACUCGAGCUCCGGAAACUGGAGUGCCUCGUCCGAGAGCGGAAGAGCCAGCAUCGGCAGUGAAACUACCACUACCACACAUCAACCCAGAUCUACAACGACAGCUUCGAUUGGCACAUCCUCCACAUCUUUAAGCCAUUUGAGAAGACUGAAGGGGAGGGAUACCUCAGCGUCAUCCUCAGUCACUUCUGAAGGUACCUUGACACCGGACAUCAUACAGGAUAUCACAGUGGUGCCCUUCUCCGAUGACGGUGAAACGUCAUCGGUGUACUCUUGCGACACAGAAGGAUACUAUACAUCGUUCCACAUGGAUUCAGGCCUGAAAACGCUGAGAGAGGAAGAACUUAUGCCGCAGAGUCCUUUGAUCAAGUCUAACGACGUUGGCUCCGAUCCCACUUCGCCGGUCGUCGAGAAUGAAUACGAAUUAUUCGGCAGAGGAUCGACUUCUACAACUACUAGCUCAGCCGGGACAGUUUGCACCGCGCUUAUGGCACCCCCUCCUCCAGAGCGCAAAUCCAGUCUCACGGUUGUUGCUAUGGUUCACGGACAAAAUCAAAACGGUGGCGAGUCGCCGGAUAGUGGCCACAACACAUCCUCAUCCCCUAUUGAAUCUGCCUCGAGUCCCGCCUGCACCGGUCGAUCGUGUUCCGAAUUCGAGUAUUCCGAAUCCAGCGAUCUGGAAGGUUGCGAGCGGAUUGAGAGGAUCCGCUCGAAGACAGCGAUUACGACCAGCCGAAUCCCUUCGAUGUGCGUGAUUACACCACCCGUAUCCGAUGACGAACAUGCAAGAGAAACGGAGCAGGUCGAGAAGAAGACGAACGAGCCGAGGAGGACUGAUCUUCAGAGCAGCGGGUCGGUGCUGAUGUCCGCUACCGUUGGUACCUCAAAGAUGGAGGUGAUCAACGGCCAAGACAAGAAUCUGUACGCCACCGUACAGGUAUUGCCAGCAGCUGCCAAUAAUGAUAAACCAGUCGCGACGAGUCAGUCAUCGUCGUCAUCAUCGUCGAUCAAGAUCAGUCCUCUAAGCGGCGUCCUGGGCAAACUUCGCGGCGUACUUCCGGGCAAGAAGCACGCCAUGAAGAAUAGCGCCAUGCAGGAGUUGUCGAAUGUAGACUCCGGUGACUAUGUGACCAUAGCCGACGUGAGGAACAACAACGACAAGCGUCCUGCGGGCUUGCCCUCGUCUUCAUCAUCAUCAUCGUCGUCGUCGUCGGGCAUGACUACUGUUCGAUCUACCAUCACCUACGCUAACUCUGACAUCUUCAAGAAAGAUGCGGAAUACGUGAGUUUGAGCGAGCUGCCGAAGAAACCGGAUUCGUCGCUUGAGCGAAAAAGACAGGGUGCUCGAGUCACCCUGGAUUCUGAAGGCAAGGUCGUUUAUUCGUCCGAUAGUCUGAAGAGGAGGAAAGGAGCGCACACGACAUUUAAUCCAGGUCCCUUUGUGAGGGAAGGUGCGUCACCGAGUCCAUCGCCGUUGCUGCAUCGCGCAAUGCCAAACAUCCGCGCGGUCACGAAGAGUGGCGACGCGGUGGACGGUCCGAAUCGGAUGUCUACGCCACCGACAUCCCCUCAGCUGGGCAAGCUGAUCAUUCGGGCGGCGCGGAGUCCGGAUCGUGCGGCCAGUCCGGAUUACGUGCGCACGCCAGCGACUGUGGUCGGUCCCACAAGUCCGACCAGUCCCCACAGACAGGUCCGCGGGGCUUACGUCAACGUGCAAGGCGACGAAGAUAAUGCUUUACUGGCAAUACCUCCCGAUUCAAUACCACCACAGGCGAUUGUCCAACCGCCACCCUAUGUCGCUCCGCCGAAACCUGAGGAUCGACAAAAGAAAUAUCAAGAAAUCCUGAAGGAUUCACAGCCGCCGAAUCUACGAGGAUAUCCUGAAAACGAGAAGCAAUCGAUCGCGGAUCAGAAACAGGAUAUUUAUGAACAUCAAAACAUCCAGCAAUAUGAUAACCGCAACAACAUCCUUGAGCAGCAGCGUAUAUCGAACUACGAGUACCAGCAACGAGCUUGCAACUAUCAGACAGUGCACAUGCACAAUGCGAGGAAUCAACAGCUCUGUGCGCCGGCUAGAGAUAUCAAUCAGCAGCAAUUUUACACUCUGCCGACGAGAAGACCUCAGCGAGAAAUCGAACCACCCCGUAGCGUCACCCCGGACAUCACCCGCGGCCUGGGACGCGGUUCUCUCAGCAGCAUGCACAUGUUGGCAAAGCAGGGCCAGCAGAGGAUUACGGUCGCAGAGAACGAACAGAUCCUCGGUUCUCACAUGGAUGUGGGAAGGAGAAACUUGGAACAAAUAGAGGCGAGAGGGAAAUUCGUACAUAGCCAACCGCAAUCGGUCGUGGAUAUCAGAAACAGGUUCGCAACGCCUCAAAAUUUGGGCGCACUUGGCUAUCGAUUCUUCGCAUCCUCGCCUGCCAAUGAUCCUCCUACGAAGUCUCCUAAUGCAGACGUUUUGAGAAACAAUCCAAUUUCGCCAAUCGGUCAUGGUUACGGUAACGGUUUCAAAUCGUCCACUCCUACUAAUUAUCACGGACGAUCGGCGCCAACCGUGGCGGAACGUUUAGCACUAACAGCAGGCAAUAACUGCUCGUCGCCGAUACCGAUGAGUAGCUCCUCAGGCAGAAGCACUCCUGUCCAGACCACUUCCGGCAGGACAACGCCGACCAAUUUGAUCCUGUCGCCUACGAAGAGUACCAUGACCAACGAGGAACUGUUUGCCGCGAUCCAUAAAUCGAAGAAGAAGCUCAAUAUUAGGCUCAACGACGACAGCGAGAACUUAUUAUCUUACGGAUCGAUGAACUCCCUAGUGAAAACACCGGCUGGUACGAGACAUAGCUGGAGUCCGGAAUCUGAGAAAAAUGUGGAGAUACCGACCACUGUUCAAUCGCCUACAUCGCGAAUGGACUUCAAACGUUUGCUCCUUCAGCAGAGCGUAAAGACGAAUCCCUUGCGGCUAUCGGCAGCGGAACAACUGAAGCUAUCACGUCAACAACAACAGCAGCAACAGCAACCAUCGUCAUCGAAUCCUCAUCAGAGCCCUCUGGCCAAAGUUCUGAGCCCUCGUUCGGUUUGGAGAUUCCAAACGCCAAGAACUGAUGUCCUCUCAUCUACCAUAAUUGAAGACACUGCGGCAGAGGAGAAAGCCAUGAAGCCCUCACCGGAGAACAUAUCUCCUAUUUCAAGACUGAACUCUAGGAGGCAGUUGGAUCUCUGCAGCGACCUACCGAAUCACUUGCGUAACGUCGAUUGCGAGAACAAAAUGGUAAACCUUUGCAACGAUAGGCUAAUGACGGACAAAGCAUCGAUAAGAGAAUCCAAUCCUGAUUCUAUCAUAAAAUCGUUGAAUCAGGUCAACAGGACUCACGAACUAACCGCAAGUGCAACCGUUGCAAAAAUCGUUUCUCCUGUAAAAAAUAUGAUAACUGGGAAGGAAAUCUCAUCCAUGCCGUCUCAAGGGAAUAUCAAGACGCAGUAUUCGAAAGAUUCGCUUGAAUCGAACAAUCAAAAUCCCGUGAGUGCUCUCGAAUCGAGAAGGAUCAGCAAUCAACUGGCGAGAGCCCAGUUCCUAGCCAGUACACCUACCAGCACCAAUCCGCAAAACCUCUACUUCAGCAAGAGAUUUAGAGCGAGAUCGGAAUCGCCACAACACGCAGCAACACAAAACGUUGCGCGCAGUCCGAGCGCACCCACUCUCGAAACCGCUUUGUGAUCCGAGAAUAUGCCGAUAAUCAGACAAUCGUGCUUAUACAGACAUAACAGCUCUUCAUUAUUGUGAGCCAUAUUUUAUACGCGUGCGCGGUUUUGUUUUUAUUUUAUAUAAAAAAGGAAAUUUGAUAUAUAUA